AACCCUCUUUUAACGUGAAUCCGUUAGUGGGGACGCAAUUCAGUUGGUUUUGGCCUUUGGGAUCGAAGGAGAGAGAAAGAGAGGGAGAGGGAGAGUGAGACAGAGAGGGAUAUGGGAGUGAAUUACUACAAGUUGCUGAAGGUUGCCAAGAAUGCGAUGGAGGAUGACCUGAAGAAGUCGUACCGGCGGCUGGCGAUGCGAUGGCAUCCGGACAAGAAUCUGGUGAACAAGAAAGAGGCGGAGGCGAAAUUCAAGCAGGUCUCCGAAGCGUACGACGUGCUUAGCGAUCCCCAGAAGCGGCAGAUCUAUGAUCUGUACGGGGAGGAAGGCCUGAAGACGUUUGAUUUCCCUCCGCCCGACGAUGCUCCUUCCGGGGAUUCGAAAUUCAGGUUCAAUCCCCGCGAUGCCGAGGAUAUAUACGCGGAAUUCUUCGGUGGAUCUGGCGGCGGAGUAGGCGGCCGCGGCGGGGGAAGUGGGAGGAGUCACCAUAAUCAUAGUCAUCGGAGGAAUGGGGAGAGCCGCCAUCAUCAGGGGAAGAAGAAAGCUCCGGCGAUUGAGAGCAAAUUGGGUUGUAGCUUGGAGGAGCUCUAUAAAGGGGCAACAAGGAAGAUGAAGAUUUCCCGCAACGUUCCUGAUGAAUUCGGCAGCAAGCCAAAGGCCGUGGAGGAGAUCCUAAAGAUAGAUAUCAAACCCGGGUGGAAGAAAGGAACAAAGAUCACAUUCCCUGAGAAAGGCAAUCAGGAGCCUGGUGUUCGUCCAGCUGAUCUCAUUUUCGUGGUGGAUGAGAAGCCACAUGCUCUGUUCAAGCGGGAUGGAAAUGAUCUUGUGGUUCAUCGAAAGGUCUCCCUGCUAGAAGCUCUCUCUGGAAAGACUGUUGAGUUGACAACCUUGGAUGGGAGAUUCCUCACGGUUCCGGUGGAUGAGGUCAUCAAACCGGGCCAUGAAGUUGUGAUUGCGAAUGAAGGAAUGCCUAUCUCUAAAGAGCCUAACAAUAGAGGGGAUCUCAGAAUCAAGUUUGAUGUCAAGUUCCCAUCAAGAUUGACAGCUGAACAGAAGUCCGAUCUAAAACGGGUACUGGGUGGUGGUUUGUGAUGCUGAGUGCCAAGCUUUUCCAUUGACACUGAUCUGAAAUUGCAAAUGCAGGCAUUAUCUGGACAUCAUAUUGGCGAGCCACCGACUGCAUCGUAUUACAUAAUUGUGUCAUUCAGUCUCAAAGAAGUCCAAAAGAGGAGAACAAGAUAUUGAACAAGAAAAGACAUUGUAUACCGGCAACUUGUCAACGUCGAUCUUGAUGAACAUGACUUCUUCGUAUUUAGCAGCAAACUCUUCCAUGGCAGGUUCCAUGAGUCGACAAGGCCCACACCAUGUUGCAGUGAACUGUAUGACCAACUUCAGCAGCAGCAAAUAACAUAAAGAACAAGAAAACCAGUUAGAUGAAGAGCAAGCAAUCAACUCGAGAAACCUGUUUGAGAAACAUCAAUUAUCCUUACCAACUUGUUAUUCUCCCUGGAAUCGUCAACAAAGGCCUUCCACUGGCUUGCAGAAUGAACCUCUACCACACCAGGUGGCUUCUUGAAGCUCUCCCUGGAUUUCUCGGGGUAAAGCUUCCACUGGUUUGCAGACGGUGGCUCUGCAAACCCAGAUGGUGCAGGCCUCUUGUGUGAAUUAUAUCCACCAGGGUUGGGGAACUUGAAAUCAAAGGAGCUUACUAGGGUCGACCUUCUUCUCUGGAAAAGAGGGAAAUUGUAGUAACUCAUAGCUGUUACUUGCUGUGUAUGGUUGGUUUGCUUGGUCUAUUUGGAAAGAAGAGCACUCUGGCUUGGAAAUGUAACUUCGUGGGCAGGAUCCUUAUAUAAAGCUCUGGAGUGGCCGCAAAAUAAUGAAAUUUGCAGCAGAGUUGUGAUUGGCAAGCUGGGGAAUAGGAUUCUCUCUACAGAGAGGCUGCAAUGCUAUGGACCGCAGAAACCAAAAUGGCAAAG